AUGGCCAUAUUUUUUGAUAGCUCAAAACCAUUUGUUGAAAAUAUGAAACCUUUUUUUGCACCCGGUGUGUCACAAGCGGAAAUUAUCGCCACAUACAAUUCUCGUAAAGAUACGUAUGAGAAGGAUAACCCGCCAGAUUUGUAUAAAGCACCUACAAUUACUGCUGAGAAAACCACUGAGGUUGUAUUUAAUAAGUGUGCCCGGAUACUGGAUGUUGGCUCCGGGACGGGACUGGUAGGCGAAGAGUUAUCAAAGCGAGGUUAUUGCAAUGUGGAUGCGUUGGAACCUUCCAUGGGAUGUAUUGAGACUGCACAGAAAAAGAAAGUUUACAAAAAUAUCAUGUGUGAUGUACUUGGCGGGAAAAAAGUGCAGAUUGAGAAUGGGUCUUACGAUGCUGUUGUUUGUUGUGGCUCGUUUAUGCCAAACUUCAUUCCACCCUCGGGGAUUAAGAAACUUGUGAGAAUAGCUAAAAGUGGUGGGUGUGUCGUUAUUUUAUUGCGGCGUGAAUUUUGUUACGAAGGAAGCUAUGGUCAAGAAUUGCAAUUAUGUAUUGAUGAAUUGAAAGAGUCGAAAGAAGUUGAAGUGAUAGAGAUACAAAAUGCGCCAUAUAGAGUUGGUGUACCAGGAGUCUGUGUCGUAUUACGGGUUACAUAG